AUGGCAGUCCCAACAGCAACAGCGGCGGAGUCGAUGGAUGUCGUCGACGAGGAUGGUGGAAGGACCAAGGUUUAUAAAGGCAAGGUCACUCACAGGUCCUGGGCCCAAUUGCCGGAAGAAAUUGUGCGCUAUAUCGCGACAUAUUACUUGCUUUCUCUCGCGUCGACCUCUUAUAAUCCACAAACUUGGGAGACUCGUGAUCAUUGGCAACAACGAAUGGUCUACACAGUUUUACGCGACGGGGGCGCUCUCGAGAGGAACCUAAUGAGCGUCUGCAUGGGCUGGCAUAAAGCCCUCCAAAACCACUUAUUUUGGCAGCAAGCCGUGGCGCUAAUCGACCCCACGGACUAUUUCCUAUCUCACAUGUGGACCCAACCAUUACCCACCCCAUCGGCGGUCUCUCGGUCAGGUUCAAACAACCGCGGCUCGAGCGCUCUUCCACCGUUUCAACAGCUCGUCAGUGGAGCUGCACAACCUCCGCCCCCUGUUCGAAUAUCCUUCUGGAAACACCUACGCAGCAUCCUCGCAGUCAGCUGCUAUGUGUGCAGGAUCAACGCUCCGCCUAGUAAUAUCGGCCUAGGCAGUGUCCAUCACAGCAAGGACCGGCGUACGACCAUGUUCACCCCGUAUCUGGGAUGGGUCAACGUCUGCCGCGACCACGAACGGCGGAAAGCCGGGUUUUGUGGACUCUGUCUGCGAGAAGCGCCCAUUUUUGAGAGCGCAACCGCGAACGCAGUAUUGAGCCAAUAUGGAUUGAAUCAAGAAUCUCAAGCUCAUGCACAGGCUCUCGGCAGUCUUGUCAUGUCCGUGGCGUGUAUCGAAAAUGAAGACGAGGAGACUUGGCCCAACGUGGAGGCUACAUGUCGAACCUGUCGGUUGGAAUGGUUGUGGAGGAAAACCAACACGAACGAACGGGAUAGGGAAGCCGUCGCCGGUGGAGCAGCACCUAGAACCGCAUCAAAAGACGACUUCCCGCCCAACCUUGCCGCCAUCCUCCUCAGCUCCGAGGACUGGGAGACACGCCAGACGAUCGAGUGCUUCUUGGACCUAGGAGAAGGCACCAUCAAUGAUGUCCUGUGUUUGGCUCGCGAAAAGUGGUGGUUGCGAAAGUUUACAAAAUUGGGCGACAUGAUGCAGCAGGCGUUAGCGGCUCGGAGGUGGAAUGGUAACACCGAGGACAUGAGUGGGAGGGCGUCACCUGCGAGGGGCUACCAGGACCAUCAACACCAGUCUCAACAAGUCGUUCUACUCGAGGAAGCUGCCACGAUCACCAGUCGGACGUUGUCAUCAAGUGGAAGCGACAACGCUAGUGAGAUGGACCGAGAGGAAACACACUACGACAGCGCGGACGCGACUCCCGACCACCAGCGACGACCGAUCCUGCGAGAGGUAACCGACGAUUAUGAAUCCCUGGGAGACGAGGAAGAGUCGCUGCAGGAUGAUGACGAGGACGACGAUGAAGACGCGGCCCUCCUCCAGCGGGAGGAGAAUUCUGUCAAGGAGCUUGCCCUGGGCGAUUGGGCACGAGCACGGAUCUUGGAUGGGUAUUGGAUCAGUCCGGCCGAUACGUGGUACAACCUCGAUACAGGUUAUCCACCGCCGUCCGUCCGGUACCAAAAGGAGAAGCAGGGGGGCGGAGAGGCUAGGAAGGGUGAGACAUGGACGUAUGCGGUGCAUCCAUGUCCUUGGACGGUGGAGAAGGAGAGCGAUGGGGACAGUAGCAGGGUGGUGGAUACAGCAGAAGCGGGGUCCUCGUCAUCUGACGACCACGGCGAGAGCUGGGAGAACCAGGAAGAUGACAAGCGUAUGGAUGAAGAACAGGAGGACUCGCAUCCUCGUUGGAGCGUCGUCACGGCAGAAGUCCCGCCUUCGUAUACCCUUUGCGAGCAGGCGUUUCUCGCGCACCAAAAACAGCUCAGGCUUAUCCUCCUCCCCGCGAUGAGGAACAUUGUGCGGAAGCUGGUGAUGGAGUGCGGUGCCGCCGCUACGAGUUCGGACUUGGCGUAUCAGGUUACACACACCAAGAAAAGGAAGCUUGAAGAUCCAGCUAUCAUUGCUUCGAGGAUGUCGAUGGAGGAGGUUGUGAGGAUAUUGAGGGAAGAGGAGGGUGUGUGGUUCGAUGGCGUGGACUGGAUAGAGAGGAUGAAAAACAGGGAGGCCGAUGAAGGUGCCGGUGUGAGGAAACGUCCCAGGGCUUCCUACGAUGCUCACGACGCAGAUGGCACUGCUAACGAGCCCGAAGAGGUGGUUAAUUCUCCUCAUUCAUCGCCUACGACGGACGACGACGACAGGGACCCUUAUCGACCAGGCCAUACUGCCAAGGCGGCUUCUGCAUCUAGCGGGAGCGGGAGCGGAACAAGCCCCGUCUUAUCGACGACUACUCUGGAAACGACACCUUCGCCACCGAUGGCUCCGAGUAUGGCUUUGUCAAGCGAAGAUGCUUCGAACAAGGCUGCUGUCUCGCGAGAUGAGUCUAUCGAGGAUGGCGAUGCGUCUGAGGAUGGCGAACCGGUUCCCAAAAUAUUGAUUCCUGUGGCGCCUGUGCUGGAAGCUCCGAGAUUGCUCAGACCCAUUCCCUAUGUCCCAACGACGGUGGCGAGGUUCCCUCAGUAUACCAUGGAGGCGUUAAAGAUGGUCUGGCGAGAGGCUUGCGUGCCACUCUUCCACUGUCGGUGCAGUAUAUGCCAGCGAGCGGCGGCGGCUCGAGCGGCGGCUGAAGCCAAAGCUGAACGAGGCCACCACUCUUCUUACGUUCCCAGGUCUCCGCAAGAACCACGUCAGUACCAACCUACUUCUCCCAUUCGCAGGCCUGUGCCUACAAGUGACCAGCCAGCGGUCCGUAUCGUGUUGAAGAACGAGCAGCAUGAAUGGCAGGAGGAGGUGCAGGAAGUUGAUUUGAACGAGCUCGAGUUUGAUUCGGAUGAGGUGGUGGAGAUUGUGUUGCCUGAUCAGCAUGACGGGGGAGGAGGAGGUGGUGGUGUCGAGAACGCGGCGUACUACUUUCCUCGGGAGCGGGAGCAGCAUCAACAACAACGCGGGACUGACGAUGGGCAGCCCAAACUUGACGCUGAGCUCACCUUGACCGACGAAGAGUUGCGUGCUUUUGGGUAUACUCGAAGUGCGGAUGGAGGUUUGGUCUCCCUUGAGGAAGAUGACAACGGGGAUGGUCAAGGGGAAAUUGUCCAAAGCCCAUUACCGUCGGAGGAUAUUGGGGAUACCACCAGCAAUGCUGACAGCCCCGACAGCGGUAAUUCGUCAAGGAAACGGUCGUGCGACGAGCUCGAAGGUCCUGUCGAUCUGAGGGUAUCGAAUGACCCACUGGCUUCCCCGAAACGAGCUCGAUUAGCGACACCGUCUCCCGUCCAUGUCACCCAGGCUCCCCAGACGCCUCGAAAACGACCAGCCGAAUCUCGUCUUUCGCCACCCCGAACGCCUGCCAGACGCCGCAAGUCGCCAGCUCUGGAGGAGGCCAUUGAUCAAGCUGCCACACCACCACCACGUUUGACGACCACAGACCUCGAGAUCGGGUCACGACCGAUGAUACGCAAACGGAACAGCGAAGAGUUGGAAGUGGGCGAUGGAGGAGAUGCGGACGGAGUGGCACAGGCACAGAAGAAGGCCAAACUGGGUGGGUCGACGAUCAUUCAAGAUGUCGAGAACCCACUUGCCCCGCCGGAUCUCGGUGCUUGA